AACACAGGCCAGCAUUUAGUCAUUCUGCAGGAAAGCUGCACACCCACUUGUCUGCUGAAAACCUCCCGAACUUUUGGACUAAAGGAGGAUAUAUGUUUUCUGGUUGAAAAUCGCAGGACCGGGGUUUUCUUCACUUUCACAUUCUUCGGAGAAUCUGUGCGUCGUGACCACAGGAUACUUUUACGCACAGUUCUUCCACCCUCCAAAAGGACAAUGCCGCGGUCUUUUUUAGUCAAAAAGUACUUCGCUAAACAAAAGCCAAACUACAGUGAACUUGAAUGUCAGAAUGACACUUCAUUGGAGAGGUUUCCUCUGGCGGAGCUCUCCUCAGGGGACAACAGCAGCACCACCUGCUUCACAACAGGCCUAGUGUGGGACCUGAGCGUCUUGCCCACCCUCUACCUGCCCACCUCUCAAACAGAGCCCUCUGCCACAUCAGGCCCCUUGGACCUCAGCUCCCCCUCCAGCCUGAGCAGCAAUGCCAGCAGUAGUGGAGAGGAGGACGAAGGGCGCACCUCGGACCCCCCCAGUCCCGAACCCGUGCACACGUACGCCCCCCGUCAGCGGAUGAAAUGUACAGGCGUCAUGGCCCACGUCAGUCCUCCAGAGGAAGAGGAGGAGAGAGAAGCCCCUGUGACAGCAGCCAGGCCGGCGUUCCUCUGCAAACACUGCCCCAAAGAGUACACCAGCCUGGGGGCGCUGAAGAUGCACAUCCGCUCCCACACCCUGCCCUGCGUGUGCACCACCUGUGGAAAGGCCUUCUCCAGACCGUGGCUGCUCCGAGGACACAUCCGCACACACACAGGCGAGCGCCCCUUCUCCUGCCCCCACUGCAACCGGGCCUUUGCGGACCGCUCCAACCUGCGGGCUCAUCUGCAGACCCAUGCCGAAGUGAAGAAGUACCAGUGCGGCGUCUGCUCUCGCACCUUCAGCCGGAUGUCACUGCUGCAGAAACACAGCUCCUCAGGGUGCUGCUCCGCUACAGCCUGAGACGCCACGGAGGGGAAACCACACAGACCCAGUCAGUGUUCAGGGUGGUGGGGUGUUUGUAGACCUGCAGAGGGGGUCUACACGAGCCCAGCUGGCCUAUUGACAACCUGUAAGGCCACAACCAGCAUGAAAUGGCCUGCUUUAAGAGACCUGGAGGGAAGAAAGCCUCAUUACGGAUCUGAAUUUUACAAGCCUCUUAGCUUCUCUGCUCUGUGAAAAAAAAAAAAAAAAAAACAACAUCUGAGGAGCAGAUUUAUUUUCCAUUCUAGGUUGUGGCCAAAUCUGAACUGAGCAACGCUGACACUCACUCGAUAUCAGCUCCUUUGUUGCUGUUGUGCCCAUUCCAACGACCAAAUAUGUAGUGAACUCAUUGGGGUAAGAGGUGUUCUUUCCUGUCUCCAUCCUGAUGCCGGCCAGAUCAGGAUCAUGUACUAGACACAGCUGCUGAGAGGUAGGGGUGCGUGGGCGGAAUAAAUCUCUCAGCGUGCCUCAAAACACACACACACACACACAGAGACACACACACACACACCCAGCUGUCCCUGGUACUGUGGUGUAGAUAGACGAGGUGCUAACAGGUGCUACAGCCAUGACCUUCGCUGGUUGAUAGCAGGUGACUUCCACUGCCCUUGGUUUGCUUAAGAAAAAAGAGGAAGCGUGUCAUCACAAAGGAAUGGCACCGUUUAGUCUCUUUUUUUUCAACAGUGGGGAUCAUUUUAAGCCUCUAUUUUGACUACAUCCAAACCUUCUCUUUAAUCUGAUGAGUUUCAGAGAUAACCGUUCCGUCUGUUUUUUUUUUUUGUUUGUUUUGUUUUUUUCAAAGAAGCUUCAACUUGCAGCUCCACUGUGACGUGGAUGAUAAAGCAAGCCAUGCACUCAAGGUUACAACAGUGUUAAUAAUACCAGCCAAAGCCAUAUAUAUAUACAUAUAUUUUUUUGUUAGAAAUGAAUUUGUGCCUUGAAAUUGUGUGACUUUUGAAACCAAAAUGUGCCUUUCCUUACCUCAGUUGGAAUUAAACAUUGAUUGCAGUAUUAGUAGAAAUUAGUGCCAAACAGUUUGAAAUGUAAGAAGGCUGGGACCAAAGAUUUGUAAAGUUUACACCAUGAAAACAUGGUUUCCUUAUAUGUGAUCAGAACCUUGGACAAUACAAAGAUGAGUUUUUAACUUUCCUAAACAUUUGAUGGCGGUGUUUUAUAGUGCAAUGUGCAGAUGUGUUCUUUCAGUUUUGUACCAUGCUUGUGUGUUCACUUCUUUUUCUUGUAUGUCAUAAAUUUUCAUUCAAUAAAGUAAUUUAUGUUUAUUAAA